AUAAAUUUUAUUUAUUUAAUUUAUGUAUUUUUGUCUAUAAUAUUACAAAAAAUUGUUUUAUAGAUUUUUAUUAUUUUUUAAUAUUAUACUCUAAAUAUAAUUGAUGGAAGCGAUAUUAUGAGGUCAAAAAGAUAUUUAUUUUAAGAUUAUAUUUUACAAGAAUUAAAGAAUGUAAGCAAAAAAAAAUCUAGCCUUAUUUAUAAUAUUAAUAUUAAAAAAUUAUCUUUUUAUCAAUAUAUUUUUAAAAAGUUUUAGCAUGAAAUUUGAAAACAAAUUCUAAUAUAUAAUAUAUAUUUACAAUUCAAUAUUCAAAAUAUUUAAAAGACAUAUAAGACUUUGUGCAUCAAUAAAUAUUACUAUGUACUUUUUGAAUACAUAGUUGAUUAAAAUCAUGAGUUCAUAACAUUAAUUCAACAAUAUAAAUAUUUUGAUUAUCAAAUCAGUAAGAAAUUUUGAGAAUAAUAUAUCUUAUCUUUAAGAAAUAAUAUAAUACAUGUAACUAUAUACAUCUAUUCAGAGAUAUAACAAAUAAUAAUCAAUGUAAUGAAAAACAAAAAAUGUUCUGAAUACAAUAUAUCACAGUACAUUAAUAUAGAAUACUGUUUUUAAAGUGAAAUUAUUUAUGAAUUAUAUAUUUUAUUUAAUUUCGCUAUAUUUCCUUAACAAAUUACAUAACCUCUCUAUAACAUUUCCUUCAAAUAUACAUAUGUGCAUUAUAAAUAAUAUGCGUAUAUAUAAUAUAUAAAUAAGAUAACAGAGGAAGAAAUAAUAAAAAUAUUUAAUUUAAUAAAAUUAUAAAAAAUAUAAAAUAUAAAUUCAUUAAAUUAUUUUAAUAUAAGUUUAUGAAAUAUUAUACUUAUUACUACUAUAUUUAUAUUAUACUUAUUACUACUAUAUUUUAUAUAUAGAACAAUUUUUUCAAAUAUGAAAAAAAUUUUUGUCAUAAAAAUAUCUCAUAUUUUUUAUUUUUUUAAUUUUCUUCCUCUGUUGAUAUAAAAAUUAUAUCUUCAUAUUUAAUAAUGUACACAAUAUAAAAUGUAUUUAAAUGUAGGUGUUUUAUAUAAUAUAAUAUAAGAUUAAGUAACUUAUUAGUAAUUAUAAUAUUGUCAAAAAUAAAUAUUAUACUUAUUAUUACAAAUAAUUAUACUUAUUAUUGCAAAUCAAUAUUUUAAAUAUUGAUAUAAAAAGCAGCAAUAGUAUACAUAUAUGGUAAUAAUGUAUGUCGUAAUGAAAACAUUAAAAUUUAUAAUUAAUAUGAUUUUUAUUUACUUUUACUUUAAAUUACAUUCUGAAACAAAUAAAACAUAAAUAUUUAGAAUUGUAAAUAAACUAUAAUUCAUCAAAAAAUUCAAAUUUCAUUUUUUAUAUCAUAGAAUUUAUUUAUAAAAGAAAAUUAAGAACUAAGAUUUUUUAAAAAAUUUAUAUAUUAUAUAUAGAUUUAAGUAAUUUAUUUAAUAAUUAAAUUAAUAAUUAUUAAAUCUGAUAUAAUAGUUUUGUAUUUUUUUUAAAUAAUGAUUAUCAAAUAUGUCUAUUAUUUAAUAUAUUUUAUUUAAAUAUGAUAUAUCAAAUUUAUCUUUAUACUUAUUUCAAUUUAGAUAUCAUAAAAUUAAUAUUUAAUUAAAUAUAAUUAUUAAAUGAUUAAAAAAAUAUAAUAAAAAAAUAGUAUAAUUUAUUUAAAAAAUAUGUGAUUUCUUUUACAAUAUUCUACAAUCUUUCUAUUAUAAUAUUAUUUCUAUUGAAUUAUAUUAUAUUAUAUUGUUAAGAUAGAACAUUUGGUAUUUGAUUUUUUAUUUCCAUUAUGAUUCUAUCAUUCUAAAGAGGCAAUUUUUCUGAAAAUUCUAAUAAUAAUAAAUUUAAAAAUAUCAAAAUUCAACAGCAAAUUAAAACAUUAGAUUAAAUUACAGGUUCAGUGAUAAGAUAUUAUAUAGUUAUAUAUAUAUAUCUUAUCGAAUAUAUUUAUUAUAUAUAUAUAUAUAUAUAUUCAUACAUAAUUUUAAUUAAUAAAUCAAAUAUUCAUAUCACCAGUUUCUAUUUUUUUAAUUAAUUAUGAAUCCAGAGCAUAAAAUCUUGAGUAGUUCUUCAAAUCAUAAUUAAUUUAGAUUGUAUAUCAAAAGUCCAAUGUUUAUUUUUAAGUUAGUAACCUCAUUAAUAUAAAAUAUAUAAUAUAUAAAUAUAAAAUUAUUUAUAUAUUUAUAAAAAAUAAUUUUCAAAAUAAUUAUAAAAAUAAAAAACAAAUAUAAAAUUGCAUAACUUAUAAAUUUUAUGUUAAUAUAAUUUAUAUUUUGACAUUGCAAUGAGUAACUAGCAUCACUAUCCAAUUCAAUAUAAUUCAAUGUCUGAAGUCUAAAAAAUCUCAUUUUAUAUAUAUUUUUAUAUAUGUAAAGAUUUUUCAUACAAAAAUUUGUACAUAUAAAAAAUUUUUUUAUUCUAUAUAAAUUAAAUUUAACACAUUAUCUGUGCGAAUUGAUAAUGAAAAUUAUAAUUGGCAGAAUAAUCAGUUAAAAGUCCACCAUAAUCAUUUUAAAUUGCAAAGCAACUGUAUGUAAAGAAGUGAACAAUAUCUGAACGACGAUUUUACGCAUUGUUUAAGCAACAAUAAUGGUAGUUGAAAGAAUAGUAUUAUCUACUUUGACAAGAAUAAGAUUGAUUUCUUGUAUAAAACCACAAUUGUUACAGCAGAAACAAAAUUUGACUAACUUUCUAUUGGUGUGUAAAUUAUCAAGUUAUCAUGUUACAAAAAAUAUUGAACAUAUUUUGCAUGAUAAUCAAAUUAGAACUGAUGCAAUUAUACAGAAUUUUAAUAAUGAGAAAAAUAGACCUUUGUUAAUUUUACUUAGUUGGUUGUUACCAAAGCAUAAACAUAUUAUGAAAUUUGCAAAUUUAUAUGUGGAACAAGGGUUUGAUAUUGUUAUAUUAUCAAUUACACCUUGGCAACUAAUAUGGCCUACAAAAGGAUCUAGGUUAGUUGCUUCAGAUUUAUUGGAGUUUCUAAUAAAACAUCAAAAUUAUCAGCAAAUAGUAUUACAUGGAUUUUCAGUAGGUGGAUAUUUGUGGGGAGAAAUUUUGGACUUAAUACAGAGUGAUUAUCAAAAAUAUAAUAAUGUAAUUGAAAGAAUUGUUGGACAAGUAUGGGAUAGUUUAGCUGAUGUGACUGAAUUAUCAAUAGGUAUACCACAUGCUCUAUUUCCAAAAAAUAAAAUGCUACAAAAUAUGUUUCAAAAAUAUUUAGAAUAUCAUAUGAAAACUUUUUAUAAACAAUCUACACAAUAUUACAUAAGAUCUAGUCAAUUAUUUCAUACAAAUUUGGUACAUAGUCCAGCAUUAUUUUUUGUAAGUAAAACAGAUCCAAUAGGUUCACUAACAAGUAAUUUAAGAGUAAAGGAUCAAUGGGAUACUUUGGGUGUAAAGACUUAUAUCAAAAUAUUUGAAAAAUCUCCACAUGUUGGGCAUUAUCGUAAAUAUCCAAACGAAUAUGUUGCAGAAUUGUAUACUUUUUUGAAUAAAUUACCUUUAAUACAAUAUGAAAAGAAAAUGGGAGCACAAUUUUGAAUGUUUUAUUGCUGAUAUUUUUAAAAUAUGGAAGUAUUUAAUAAAAAAAUUCAUUGAAUUCAUUGAUAUUUAUCUUUUUUUUAUAAAAUAAUUAUUUUUUAAAACAUGAUAAUAAUUUUAAUUAUAUAUUUUGUAUAAUAUACAAAAGAAUUAAUUAUACAAAAGAAAUAUAUUUUUCUUGUUCAUAUACUAAAUAUUAUUGUAUUAUUACAAAAAUAAUUUAUAAUUUAUAUUAUUUAUGUUAUAUAUAUUUAUGUAUUAUGUUAUAUAUUUCAAUAAUAAAAUAUGAAUUACAAUUAAA